AUGCCUGCUGCCGCAGAAAGAAGCUGGGUGCACAGGGAAUUCUGGCCGGCAAGACCAGGAGUGCCUGUGCGGUUUUGUAGAAGGUGCAACGCAGUUGAGCCAAGUCUAGAAGAAGUACAGAAUGUGAUCGAUCGUGGUGGCAAACCACGCCGACACUGGAAAGGAGCUUGCGGCUUCGCCAGCACCAGUGCCAUGGUGAACCACAUGCGAGACUGCCAUGAAGAUGCUCUACCAGAAACGGUUUCCACCGAGAGGAGCACACCUUCAAAAAGCGCCAAGAAGGUCGACCUGCAACUGAUGAGAGAGUGGGUGAUCUACUUGGUGCUAGGCUGCCUGCUUCCUUUUCGUCUUGUGCACAAUCGCUAUGUCAAGGCUUUUUUGUCCCCUCGCUUGCCGGGCCUUGGUGGGAAGCAUGCCUUGGAUUUGGAAUUCAAAGCUGUCAUGCAAGACUUGCGAGAGAAGGUUUUGUCGAUGAUCCGGGCAGCACGAGACAGCGGCUGUCGCUUUACCCUAUCGGCUGACACCUGGAAACCCAAAAUGAAGAGGCGAAAACAUUAUUUGGCGUGCCACUUAGAUUGGACACAAAAAGACUGGAGCCACACUAGCGUGUGCAUCUAUGUCGGUGUGGCAGAAGCACCGCGGACAGGUGAUCGCUACACAGAGCUUUUCAAGAAAGCGUUGGAGUCGGUGGAGCUGACGCCAGAGCACAUUCAAGCGUCCGUUUCAGACCACGAGGGGGCGAUUCGAAAGGGUUUGCGCGGCCUCGGUGCGCCCCUGAUAGGGUGUGGAUGUCAUUGUUUGCAGCUAUGCUGCAAGCACGCUUUGCCAGAUCUGAAAGAAAGGACCAAAAAGAGGAAGUCUGCCGCUGCCAAAUUGGAUUCGGACUCUUCCUCAUCAGACACUUCUGAUGAAAGCUCGUCUUCUUCGAGCAGUUCGUCUUCUGAAGCAGAGGUGGCUGAGAAGAAGGCACCCAUGGCGCCUGGUGGUGUGAAAGGGCCCAAGGGCGACCCCGCCUCUGUGGAGUGCAAGGCAAAGCUGAAGGAGUCGUUCAGCAGGUACCGGUCGAUUGUGCGAUACUUUGCUUCCCACGAUGACAUGUACAAUGAAAUGUACUCAGCAGCUGCACAAGCCGAAGUGCCUUGCGUUGCCUACCAGCAUGAAACCCCAACACGUUGGAGCUCCGCCCUGCUGCAGAUUGUUUCUGUCAUCCGCAACAAUGCAGCUCACGCAUUGCUGAGGACUCGUCGUCCCAAUGUUGCCGACAUGCCCCACGAGCUCGACAGGAGUGAGCUGCGGGUUGCUCUCCAGUUCUGUGCUGUUCUGGAGCCUUUUCGCUUAGGAACCAAACUCUUGGAAGGGGAUGACAAAGCGCUAGCUUCUCUUUACCUCCCGGUCUUCCACAAGUGCAUGGAGACCCUAGAGGUCACUGGGUCAGCGCAGCUGCCUUACCCGAGAGAGCUUCGUGAGAUGCAUGGCCAGGGCUGCAAAGCUCGCGAGUUGGAGGUGCUACCAAAGCACUUGCUUCGCUUUUUGCACCAAGACUUGAACAAGGUCAGAGAGAAGCACUUUCAAGGAACUACUGGGGAGGCAUGGCUUCUGGCCGCCAGCUAUGUUGAUCCUCGAUUUCGAGGCCACAGCAUGUGGGAGAAAAUGAGCAAGAAGGAAGUGAAGGAGAUGAUUUGCAAAAUGGUUGUGGAAUCACACGAGAAGUACCCAGAACUUCGGGAAAGAUUGAGGAAAGCAGCAGAAGAUCCUAUGAAUCACAAGCUUGAGACCUUGGGGCGCCCGGAGCCAAAGAAGACAAGAGGCAGAGGUCGUGGUCGUGGAAGGGGAGCAGGGCGGCAAGAGAAACCUAAAUCUACCAGUGAAGCUAUUUUGCGAGACUCUGCCUGCGCAGCCGCAUCGGGUCCUGCAGUGAGGCUGCAGCCCGGUCCUCGCGCGCUCAAAGAGCGCACUAGUGCUGAAGACUGGCUGUUUGGACCACAGCCUGACCGGCGUCCUGCAGCUGAGGUGGCUGUGCUCGAUGACCUGAAGGAAGUCACUGGGUCAGCGCUUUCAGCAUUUCCCGCGUCGUCGUUAAUCAUCUUUCGGGGCAAAAUGCGUUUUCCAUUGUCCAAAAAAAGCAUUUUCACACGAAAGCCACCGAUGACUCCACCUUCCUUAAAUGCUUUUUUAACCAGAAAGAAAAAGAAUAUUUGUAGUUGA